AUGAAGUUGUUCUUUGUAGCAGUUUGUGCACUUGUGUUUAUUGUGCAAAGCAAUGCAAGAAAUAUGCCCACAACCACCCUGAGCGACAAGACUCCGACCACAGUGGAUGUGGCUACCACCGUACGAAGUGGAGGAGCUGGUUUUAAAAAAGAGAAGAUCAACUUCAUCCCAUUUAGUGGUGUGGGUCUCGCUACUAAUUCAGGUGAAGAUAUUGGUACCGCUGGAGUUGAUGGUGCCGAUGGUGCAGGUGGUGGGCUAGGUGGUGCAGGUGGUGGUGCAUGUGGUGGUGCAGGUGGUGGUGCAGGUGGUGGAGCAUGUGGUGGUGCAUGUGGUGGUGCAUGUGGUGGUACAGGUGGUCUUGGCGGCAAUGUUGACGCAGUUAAAUGUGGUGUAAUCGAUGGUGGUAUCAUAGAUCCUUAA